AUGUCCCAACCACCUCCACCUCCUCCACCACCGUCGCUCCCUUUGUCAACCAUCUCCCGCCCAGCUUCAGAUAUGACAGAAACUCAGAAGCUUCCCGUCUUCUCCCCGCCUGCCUUCCUCGACUAUCGCAGACUCCCCCCACCGGUGCAGCUCAAACCGUUGGAAAUCCCGCCAGACGCUGUACCACCACCGCCACCACCACCACCACUACCAACACGGCCAGACCACCAAUUCCGCUCACCUGUGAACCACCUACCCUCGAUCCAUUCAGGACUGCCACCCCGACACGACCAUUUCCCACCCAGACCAGCACCCGCCGUCGACAAGUUACUACAGCACCCUACUAAUCCAUACACCCCGCCUCGAUCAGACCCGCCUUAUUCCCCGCAGCAAUAUGGCCCUUCCAUCUCACCGCGUUCCGAGUUUGACAGCAGAGGACCGCGCAGGCUGACCGAACAACGCUAUCCCUACGACGAACCGAGACCAGUUCAACAUUAUCAACAUCAUGAGAUGCCCUAUUCGUCCCUUGCGUCACCAGUAGAGCCCUCGCAGCAAAGAGCGUACGCCCCACUUCCCUCACCUGGCUACACGCCAAGCUAUGCGUCAAGCAGCACUCCAUUCCGAGGCUCGGUUGGCUCCCAUGCACAUUCACAACGAGGCUCCAUAGCAGCCCCAUUGGGGUCGGUGGCGUACCCCGAACCGCCUGCGGCUGUUGCUCCACCUCGGAAACAAAGUCGCGCGAUUCCACUACCAGGGUCAAUACCACAACCUGUGUACAAUGAACAAAUGAACCUAAAUUACGAGCUCCGCGUGCGACAACAACCCAUCGCAGCACGGGCAUGUGGGUUUGGAGAACGCGACCGAAGGGUCAUCGACCCUCCACCAAUCAUCCAACUGUUGGUGACGGAUCCGAAGACGGGUGCCGCAGAACAGGAAGAGCUGCGUUACUCGCUCAACGUGGUCCAUUGCACUCUCUGGAAUGCCGAGGGAACCAAUGAGGAAACGGCACUCAUACAGCCGGAUCGACGAACCACGCGAAGAUUGAUGGGUCAGUUGGUGGCUUCGCCGUCCGUCGCAAAGGAUGAGCAUGACGUCGAGGGCUGCUUCUUCUGCUUCCCGGACCUUUCAUGUCGUACCCACGGCCGAUAUCGACUCCGGUUCGUGCUGAUGCGUAUCGAUCCCAUGAAUUUGCACGUGGGAGGAUACUCACCAAUCCUUACAGAAGUGCUGAGCGACGUCUUUACUGUCUACACAGCAAAGGACUUCCCCGGCAUGCGGCCAAGCAGUGCCCUCACUCGUGCGUUGAAGUUGCAGGGCUGCAACAUCCAGGUGAAGAAGGGGAAUGAAAAAGCGCUGGCUCGCAAACGGCUGACUGCGAGCCAAGAGCACGACAACACAGAGGACGAGGAAAUGAAAAGACGGCGCAGGGACUAA